CUAAAUACUUCAAUCAAAGACUCAACAUCUGACUAGCGUUGACUUAUUCCGAAUGGUCAAAACCCUUGUGGUUUCUUCCUUUUGUAUGAGUUUUGACAAGUCAAAAACAAACUAACUCAACAGGGAAUCAUGGAGCUCUCUAUUCCUUCUCAUCUCGGCACACUGCCUUCUCCUUCUUCUCAAGCAUUAAAAGCUAAGGUUAGGGUCUUUUCUAAUAAGUGCAACCUCCAAUUCGUGAACUCAAAUCGUUUUCAAAAGCUUACAAAAAUGGAAUCAAAACAUAUAGCGACGAUUUGUUCUGCUGCUUCUCAAGCCGGAGAAAAUGGUUCCUCAAUUCCAGCUUCUACAUUUGCAAGUAGAGUUGGAGAAGUCAAAAGGGUGACAAAGGAAACGAAUGUACAAGUGAAAAUAAAUUUGGAUGGUACAGGAAUUACUGAUAGUGAUACUGGUAUUCCAUUCCUAGAUCAUAUGUUGGAUCAACUUGCAUCACACGGGUUAUUUGAUGUACAUGUAAAAGCUACUGGUGAUAUUCAUAUCGACGAUCAUCAUACAAAUGAAGAUGUGGCACUCGCUAUCGGAACGAGCUUACUUCAGGCACUUGGGGAUAGAGAAGGAAUUAACAGAUUCGGAGACUUUACAGCUCCUCUUGAUGAAUCUCUUGUACAUGUUUCACUGGAUUUAUCUGGGAGACCUUAUUUGGGCUAUGAUUUAUCCAUACCCACUCAAAGAGUUGGAACGUAUGACACCCAGUUGGUGGAGCAUUUUUUUCAGUCCUUGGUGAAUACCUCUGGAAUGACCCUUCAUAUCCGACAGCUUGCUGGAAAAAAUUCUCACCAUAUUAUUGAGGCAACAUUUAAGGCUUUUGCAAGAGCUCUUCGACAGGCUACCGAGUACGAUCCACGCCGUCAAGGAAAAGUGCCAAGCUCCAAAGGGGUUUUGUCGCGCUCCUAAACCAUGAAGCUAAUGCUUGGAAGUUCGAGAAUCUUUGAGGAAUCUGAACAGAUAAUCUGAACUCCAAAGUAUGUACGGACAUUAGUAGUUGUCAACAGAAUCAUGUUAAAAUUAUGUAUUCAUGUCUAAACCAUUUGUGCUUGAACCUGAGUUGUUAAUUUUGUAAUGGUAGUUUUCAAAUUGCUUCUUUUUGCUUAUGUAAUAUGGGUGGAAAGUGAUCUGAUUGAAAAGAAUGGAAAUGUAGACUACUGUAUGUUGCUUGUAUGAUUCAAUUUCUUGCUUAAGAGCA